GUGAAGGGGAGAGCAGGAGGAGGAGGAAGAGGAGGAGGGGAAGAGAUAAGUGAUCUAAAGGGGAGACGAUAGGACAAAAAAGUGAUGAUGAUGAAUACAUUGGAAAGUUUUUUGGCCCUGGCGAGGGUGUCAGAUUGAAUGGCCUGUGCGCAUGUGCGAAGGUGUCCAAACUGACAAUGCUGGUGAGAUGAAGAUAGUGUUGUUGCUGCUUCUGGGCUCACGGAGGACGACGAGAGGAAUCUACAAGCCGACAAGAUGAGAUCCAAGGCGAGGGCGAGAAAACUGGCCAAAAAUGACAGUGAGCCAGUGGACAGCAUGUACGACACAGAGGCCGACCUCCCCGGUUUAGCAGCCAGCAGUGGAGGUGGUGCUGACAGCCCAGAAGAUGACGCAGAAGACGGCAUCAUCAACAUGUCCCCCCUGCCCUCACCGACUCCUUCCCAUCCAAACAACAACCACCACCAUCUGCUGCAUCCCCACAUUUACGCCACCCACCACCACCACCACCUUCUCAACAGCAGCAACAGCAGCAGCAAUGAUCAGGACUUCACCACACCCAAGGAGGGCUCGCCCUACGAGGCACCUGUCUACAUUCCAGACGACAUUCCCAUUCCCAGUGACCUGGAGCUGAGGGAGUCCUCGGUGCCUGGUGCUGGCCUGGGUGUUUGGGCCAAGACCCGCAUUAGUGCUGGUGAGAGGUUUGGUCUGCACAGCACGCUGCAUCAUGGGGCCACAAGCAAAGACAGCUCCUUUGGAUGGGAGCAGAUGAUGAAUGACCACGAAGAAGCCUCCCCUGACAGCUGCAUCAAAAAGGUGGUGGAUGACAUGGGCAACGUCAAGUUUGCGCUGGACACAGGCCCGGACGCCACUGGCAAUAGCUGGCUCAAAUAUGUCCGCUCUGCCCCGUCAUUUGAGGAGCAAAACCUUGCUGCUUGUCACCUCACCGGAGACCAGAUUUAUUAUAAAGCUGUCCGGGACAUUGAGGCAGGGGAGGAGCUUUUAGUGUAUAUGAAGGACGGUAUUUUCCCCGAGGGAUCCAUGGCACCCAACCUACAAGACGAGCAGAUGUACCGCUGUGAAGACUGUGAUGAGCUGUUCUCUUCAACACUUGAGCUACGGCGGCACCAGAAGUAUUCAUGCUCCAGUACCGGCUCUAUCUUUGACACACUGAGAGAAGACUUCAAACAGGAACGUGAGGACAGCGAUGAGCCAGUCCACGAGUGUAAAGACUGUGAGAAGAUCUUUCCGAAUGAGUACAGUCUGGGCCAACACAUGAUAGUCCAUACAGAGGAGAGGGAGUACAAGUGUGACCAGUGCCCUAAAGCCUUCAACUGGAAGUCCAACCUCAUCCGUCACCAGAUGUCACAUGACAGUGGCAAGCGCUUUGAGUGUGAAAACUGUGAUAAGGUGUUCACAGAUCCCAGCAACCUUCAGCGCCACAUCCGCUCCCAGCACGUGGGGGCUCGCGCUCACACAUGCCCUGAGUGUGGCAAGACCUUUGCCACCUCGUCAGGCCUCAAGCAGCAUAAGCAUAUCCACAGCAGUGUCAAACCCUUUAUCUGCGAGGUGUGCCACAAAUCCUACACCCAGUUCUCCAACCUCUGCCGCCACAAGCGUAUGCAUGCUGACUGCCGCACACAGAUAAAGUGUAAGGACUGUGGGCAGUUGUUCAGCACUACCUCCUCCCUCAACAAGCAUCGCCGCUUCUGUGAGGGCAAAAACCAUUACGGCUCUCCAGCAGGGAUGUUCAACCCUGGCAUCCCCAUGAGCUCUAGCCCCAUCAUGCCCAAGGCAAAAUCUCACCAUCCCCAUCUUGCAGGUCUAAACCAGGCAGGUUUAGGCUUCGCUGACUACUUUCCCUCCCGACAUCACCCUCAUGCUGGCUUGCCCUUCUCCCCUGGACCCCAUGGCUUCCCAUCCCUUCCCCAUGGUUUCCCAGGUAUCUUCCCCCCAUCACUGUAUCCGCGACCACCUUUAUUGCCGGCAAGUCCGUUGAUAAAGAGCCCGCUGGGUGGCAGCAGUCAGGAAGUGAAACUGCCUCGGAGUCCCCUAGAUGCCCCACCACUGUCCCUGGUUAGCUCCACAAACAGCAAUGGAGGUAAUAGUUUCAGUCAGCUGGAAGACAAAGAAAAAGAGAAUAAACUGGAUUUGUCGUCUAGUGGAGAAGCAAAGCCAAAAUCCAAGAUGGUAGACAUGUCUGAUGGUAGUGACCUUGAAGAUGUAAAUACCACAAGUGGGACAGAUUUGGACACCACCACUGGUACUGCUUCAGGUGAUGGUUCUGACCUGGAGAGUGAUGGAGAUAGUGAACGUGAGCGAAGUGGUAAAAGAAGGAAGCCAUCUGGUGCGGUAUCAAGUCAAGAAGGCCACCAGUUAGAAGAGACGAACAGUGCAUUGAUAUCAGCAGUGACUAGUUCGGGGAACCUUGCUAUUGAUCGUCCCUUUCUCUCCGCAACAUCCCAGCACUCCUUCUUUCCUCCUCCUGAUGAACAAGCCCUCCCGCCCACCACCACAAAUGCCAAUGCAGCCACCACAGAUUCCAUCAAAGCCAUUGCCUCUAUUGCUGAGAAAUAUUUUGGUCCAGGUUUAAUUGGUCUUCAUCAGGAGAAGAAGAUGGGUCCAUUGCCCUACCAUUCCAUGUUUCCUUUCCAGUUCCUGCCCAACUUCCACAACUCCCUGUAUCCCUUCAGUGCUGAUCGAGGUGCCCUCAAUCCUAGCAUGUUUUUUAAGGCAGAACCCAAGUCACCACGCGAACAGCUGCACAAGAUGGUUUCUGGUGCCCCAGGAGCUCCUGCUUCCACAGCAGAGUCACCAUUUGAUCUCACCACAAAGUCCAAGGAAACCAAGUUAGCCCCUCCCACCCCAACAAACCCCUCAAACCCCAACAGUAGUACUGGGAGCAGUAGUGGACCUUUAGCAAUAUCUAGCGGUGAAGAACAGCCAUUGGACCUCAGUAUUGGCAGCCGGAGCCGAGGCGGUCAUAAUGGUGUGGCACCUGAGCCACAAAAUAGAAAGAACCACCUUUUUGGUGCCGGAAAGGGGGUCUCCAUCAAGGAUGAAACCCCAGCUGGAUUUCCACACCCCCAUUCCCAGUUAUUACACCAAUCCUCCAUUGCCCAGCACCAGCAGCCUCAGGCACAGCCACACCAGCCACCACCCCUGCACUACGCCAAGCCCUCAGCAUUCUUCAUGGACCCCAUAUACAGCAGGGUGGAGAAGAGGAAGCUACUCGACCCUGUAGGAGCUCUGAAGGAAAAGUUCCUCAGGCCUUCACCGCCACUCUUCCAUCCACAGAUGUCAGCUAUGGAGAACAUGACAGAGAAGCUGGAGAGCUUUGGCGCUCUAAAACUGGACGCGCCGCCCAAUUCACUGCAACACUCGGCUCAUUCACUGUUCAAUUUCCGCUCGCCACCACCAUCCCUCUCCGACGCCAUUCUCCGCAAGGGCAAGGAGCGUUACGCCUGCAGGUACUGUGGGAAAAUCUUCCCUCGUUCAGCAAACCUCACCAGACACUUGCGGACACACACAGGGGAACAACCCUACAGGUGUAAAUACUGUGACCGCUCAUUCAGCAUCUCAUCCAAUCUUCAACGCCACGUUCGCAACAUCCAUAACAAGGAGAAACCGUUCAAGUGUCACCUGUGCAACCGCUGCUUUGGUCAGCAAACCAACCUCGACCGCCAUCUCAAGAAGCACGAGCAUGAGAACAUUCCUGUGAGCCAACAGUCCGGGAUGCUUUCCAACCUAGGAACCACCAUCUCCUCCCCAAACUCCGAGCCAGACAAUCAUGCACUUUUAGAUGAGAAGGAGGACUCGUACUUCUCAGAAAUCCGCAACUUUAUUUCCAAUAGUGAGAUGAACCAGGCCUCCAGCUCCACGGAUAAAAGAUCAGACCAGGCUGAGGAGGAGCGCCCGCCCAGUCACAGUUUGUCCAACUCCAAGCUAGGGCUCCAGGGGCUGGAGGAGGAGGAAGAGGAAGUGGAGGGGGACGAUGAAGAAGAGGAGGAAGGCAGCCUGACAGAGAAGUCUCAUGACGAGGCACCUGAGUCCCCGUCUCCCGUCACAACAGGAGUGUAUGAGGAGGAUGAGGAGGAGGAAGAGACGGAGACGGCUCCAUUAGCUAUGAGCUAUGAACACACUCGCAGGUGUAUAGAGGAGGAGGGCUCUCUCUUGGACCUGGAGGGUCUGCCCACCUUUCCCAAGAGCCUGGAGGGGUUACGUAAAGCAGCCAGUGGCGAGCAACCCUUUGACGUUAAAGACAUAUUUAACACUUCACUAGAGUCGGAGGCAUUGAAAGAGACAUUGUACAGGCAGGCUAAAACCCAGGCUUAUGCAAUGAUGCUGUCGCUCUCGGAGAACAACCCUUUGCACGCGCCCUCCCAGAACUCUCUGGACGCUUGGCUGAGCAUGGGAGGUGGACCGUCUGAGACAAGCAGCUUUCACCCGCUCAACCACAUCUAGACGAGAGAGAAAGAGAGAGAGAGAGAGAGAGAGAGUGAGAGUGAGAGAGGCAGAGAGAAAGAGGAAGUGGGAGGAAGAGGAUAGACAGAAGCAAAAGAUUGAGUGGACAUGAGUAGUGAGAAGACGUGGAGGACGGAGAAGAAUUCAGUGUCACAUACAUUCAAGGUAGAAAGAAUAUGUUUGUGUGGAUACGUGUGUGUGUGUGUGUGUGUGUGUGUGUGUGUGUGUGUGUGUGUGUGUGUGUGUGUGUGUGUGUGUGUGUGUGUGUGUGUGUGUGUGUGUGUGUGUGUUUGUUUGUGUUUGUUUGUGUUUGUGUGAGUGAGUGAGUGAGAGAGAGGAGGGAGAGAUUGUCCCAUAGUGAGGCGUCUCGCAAGACUCUGUCAAAGAGAAAGCACUGCUAAGCUCCUGUUGAUGUGAAGGACAUGAUGAAUGCUUCUCAACAGCAUUAAAACUCUGCAUUACUCUGAUCCUCCCCAAGUCCACAAGGCUCACCCCAGCACCACAGAGACCCUACGUAAGGCUCUCAUAAAGACACUUAAUGACUAGUAUGUCUCUAAAGUCUGUGUACACCGCCUACUACAAGCACUGCAGCAUCAGCACUGCAUUAGCACUGCAUGUCCACAAGGUGGUGCUGUUUCACUAGGAACAUAGUGGGCGCGUGCACUAUUGUCUCCAGGUUUAUCCCAUCAAUCAUGGGCGACUCAUUUACUGAUCUUGUUUCAGUUAGAACUGCAGAAUCAACAAUAGCACCACACUAAAUGUUACUUGAGGAAAUGACAGUUCCAGUAGACUGUUGAUUUUUGAAUGAUUACACAGAGAAUGAUGUUCAAAUGUGCACAGCAACUGGUGAUUUUAUUGAGCUAUCUGGGACACUAGCCAUCGUAAUUGGUUACCCGAUUUGAUCAUGCUGAAAAUGAAUUUAAAUCAUACUCAGAAAAAAAAAUGAGGAAAGUCUUUCUCUGCUUGUUUAUUUCAUCGUCAUGUGUUAAUUUUAUUUACUUUUUUUCCCUCUUAGAUACCACAGUAUUGUUUCUUUGUAGGCACCACAGUGCUAAAUUGUUAAUAUAAUUAUUUUAGAGAAGGACCAAAAUUGUAUGAUAUUGUCAUAUGAUGUACAAAAUAACCUAGAUGUUCAUAGCAAGAGUGGUAUGUGCCAAAUAACCCAUAGAAAAUGUUUUGUUCUCUGACAAUCAUUUCAUUUCCAAGGGUCUUGCCUUUGCUGUCAUAGAUUUUUUUUUUUUUUUUUUUUUUUCUUAUUACGCUCUUAUAAAAUUGAUUUCAGAAGUGUGUGUAUGUAUUUAUUUUUGGUUGUUUCGUCAUGACUGGAGGAGUGAAAAUGAAGAAAAGUCAUUUUAUCCCUCUUUUCUUGUUGCUGAAGGAUUGAACGCCUAUCAGAGCGUGAGGGAGAUUCUGAAUCUCUGGUUUUGAUGCGUUAGUGUGCCAAAAUGGAAAGAACCCAUGAAAUUAAUUGUUUUUAUUUAUAGUGAAAGAUAGCUGUAGUUAGUUUUAGGUCCAAUUUGGCAUUGUAACGUCCUGCAGUGUUUAUUUUAUUUUUUUCUUUUAGUUCAACCAUUACCCAGUAUGCUGAAUGUGUCUUGUUCAAAUUGGCUCAAGUGUUAUGGCGGCGGGAGGGGGGAGGGUGGCAACUUAUGAAUGUCAGAAAAGGGCAUUAUGUUAUCACACUAUUGAAUCUGUCUAGUUUCCACACAUCAAGCUCCCCUUUCUCUGUAUUUCAUUUGGUACAACUAGUGUAACCAAUGAAUAUUCUUUUUUUAGUUAGUUGUCCUAUAUUACAUGGUCUAAAAGUCUAAAACACACAGUCACAUCUGGAUGGACAUCUGGUUUCCACUGUAUUGGAUAAAAUCACCGGUCAGGAAGUAAAGCAAGGACUCAUGAAACCAAAAAAAAAAAAAGUAAACUAAACCACAGAUAGUGUUAAAAUGGACAUCGUAAUUCUGCUGGUCGGUCCUUCCUAAAAACAAAAAAAUGGCUUGAUUCUGGAUGGGGAAAUCAGAAACACUUGAUUAUGAGUUUAAAUUUAUAUUCCCUGUUCUUCCUGUGAGAUCAUACUGAAAACUCAUUCCAUGUGGUCUAUAAGGUAGCUGUGCCAUGGAGGGCGUGAGUCAUUUACUGUAGAUAACUGUAGAUAGCUGCAGGAGGUAGGGGGGGUAAGCAUUGUUGAUCAUUGUUGCCUUGAUCCUCCCUGCGUACUGGGACUUUCAGAACUAGGCCUGAUGCUGUAUUUUCAAACUAGUACUUAAACCAUAUGGGUCCAAGCCAUAAAUUGAUCAGGCUUAGGUCUCUAGAACUUAGAACAGAUACAUUUUCAGACUAGUUUCACUUUCAGUAGAUGAGCAACGCAUGCUCAACAUGGAGAGUUAGGAAAAAUCUGAAACAGAAGCACUGUAAUUUUUCACCACAGCAGGUGGUGGUGGUGGUGGUGGUGUGAUGCUAGGACUGAUGCAUCAUCUCAUUUUUCUAAAGACAGAAGUCUUUUUUAUAAUUCUACUGAAUGAGAUUUCAUUCAAGGUAAACACAUUUUUUUCCAACUCGUGGUUAUAAAAUGUAAAGACUUGGGUUGCUAAGUUUUUAGGUUGACUAUAUGUAGUAAUUCAUGUCAUGGACUACUGUAAUAAGUACGCGCUGUGUAAAGCAAAGUAAUUGAAGGCAUUGAAGUAUUCCAUUUUGCCAACUUCAGAAAGUAUUCUGGCAGAUGGUCACUGAAAUAUGUUUCAGCAUAAUAGAACAUGGUUGCUGUUUUCCCCCCACUGUUACAGGAGAAAGUAAAAAAUAUACAUAUUGUUUCUUUUUAACUGUAUAGUAUUUUAAAGAAUGAAAAACAAUGAUGCAUUUGUCUGAAGAAAAAAAAAAUCAUUGAAAAAUAUGGGUUUAAAUGGAUGGUGCUUGUUUUGUUUGAAUCUGAGUUGUAUAUCGCCUCUGUUAUGUUUAUUGAAAACAAACAAAAAAAAAAGAUAUUGUGCAUGACGUGUUUAGCAGUCAUAAUGAUGUCCAUUUGUGAAAUGUGUAUCAAAUCAAAAAAUGAGAAAAAAAAAAAGAAAAGAAAAAAAUAAAUCCGUAGAUGCACUUAUUGUACAUGUGGUUAGGUUAGUAGGUUUGACUUCAAGUUCUUGACUGCCUUACAGGUGGCUCUGAAAGACAUAGAAAAGACUUGUGGGACAAGACAUAAUGAAAAACAAUAAAGGAUUGUAGAAUAAUAUUGAACAACUCUGAAAUUGCAGUUCUUUUGAUGCUUGUGAUUAUUGAAGAUGUACUUUAGAGAAAUUUCAUUGAAAAGAUAUGACUCUGAUGUUAAUUCUGUAGAAUAGCGAUGUAUACCAAAUGUAAUCUUUCCAAUGCUAUGAAGAAUUUAUACAUGAAAUUGAUAUGCAAUAAAACCUGUGUGCUUUUUAAA